AGCAAGUAAGAUCACCAUGAAGAACGUGAUUUUUCUACUUUUGACAGUGCUCUCUCCCUCCCUGGUGUAUUCUGCUGGAGAUCAGAGUCGCCAUCGCUUGUUUUUGCAAUCGGAUCAGGCCCUGGCAACCAUUACCAAACAGCUGGUGGUCCAGGCCAUUGAACUGGUGGAUAAUGUUGUGGAAGAUCUGCUUGUCUUGGACUCCCGGAACACCAUUCUCAUGGGUUAUCUGGAUAGCUUUGAUGCCUUCACAGCUGUGAAUCCAAAUAGAACCGAAGAGAAGCUCCGCACAUUCUAUGCUGUUGUGGAGGAUUACCUGGACUCUGAUACCACAGGAGAUCCCUUGAGAUUGUCAAGCCUAGAGACCCAACUGAUUGCCCUUUGCCUGCAGCGCAGUGGCUUUGAUCGAUGGAAGAGAACAGUUCAGACCCGAACAACACAGCUCCAGAAGUUGAUCUAUAGGAAGCUGAGGAAGCAUUUGGAAACCCUGGACAAGGAGGAUCGAUUGGCUGUGGAGCGGCGUUGGCGAAGAAUCCUCACCCGCGGUGGACCACGAAGAUUGGAGAAGCUGAGGGAGUUCGUCAAAUGGCUGGGCAAGAUUAGAGAUUAGCUUGGAUUUUUGAUUAAAUUUAGACUAUAUAAUCUUGAA